AUGGCUUCCCAUGGACGUGAUCUGAGAAGAUUUGUAGAAUUUGGCCGAAAAAUUAUCGGCGUAGGGAAGAACUACAGGUUGGUGAUGUGUUGAGCAUAUAAAACAAAGUAAGAAUCACUAUUCAUUCUGUAAGACUUCCUUUGUAAAAUGUUCUUGUAGGCCAAACGGAUCACCGCAGCAACCUCCUCCUGCUCAAGACCCCUUAAUCUUUCUCAAACCGUCGUCCACGUAUCUGAGACCAGGAGGGAAAAUCAAGGUAGGUUUUAAAAUUUCCUUGGUUAGGGUUUCAUGUGUUAAAACAUAUGAACAUCAACUUACCUAAAAAUACUAAAUUCCCAGGAAAAAAUCCCGUGUACCAUAUUCCUCGAAUAAGCGCCCGGGCGAUUACUCGAGCGGGGCUCUUACUAAGUUCUCCUGUUGUAAUCAACCGUACCGUAGUCCCGUUAUACAGUUUACACACAGAUGUAUCAGUAUAAAUGUUGAAGUUGAAGCUUAUGCAUCAGUCAAUUCCAGCUGGACCCAAGUCGAGAAAGAGCUGCGAGAAAAAAGGCGAGAAAAAAGGCAGGAAAAAAGCAUAAAGGCGAGAAAAAAGUUGGGAAAAAAUCUUAAAGGCCAGAAAAAGUUGAGAAAGGAAACAUCGAGCACAAAAUUUUCAUGGCACUUACCGGGCUCUGUAGAAACAGGUUAUCUUUGUAUCCCUACCAUUUAAGAAAGUGAUGGGGGAGGGAAAGCCAGGGGAUUCUUAUAACAAGGUCUACAUCAGUCUGCAUCUACAACUUUAAUCUAUAACAGUUUCCCAUUACAUAGAUAUGGUGAGUGCUUGCUUGAUAUUUUGGCCUAGAGGGUGGGUGCUUAUGCGGGGGAAGGAACUUAUGAGAGCAUAGGCCCCUAUUCAAGGAAAUACGGUAUCCAGUGUGACAAGGCAUGUGACAUUAUCACCAUUACAUGUCAGAGAAUCCUAGCCACCAUCAUUACACUUUUACAUUUCUUGCACUGCAGUGGAUAUCAUCUGAGGUUUGUAAAGCAAUAUCCUUUGCUUCUUGUGUACAAUGAGGGGGGAAUUGAUAUUCUGUAUUAGCUGGGGUGAGUAAUAUGACUCUUGUUUUCGUAAAACUGGGGCUUAAAAAGGAUAGGAGGAUAAACUGAGGAACGAAAACAUUUAUUGGAAUCUCGCUAUCCUCAUAAAUUUCUUGGAUUUCCAAAUCUUACAUCCCCAAAUCCAUUGUCCUAUUGGUAGUUAUAUAUGUGUUAAUACCAAGUGUGAGGUCAAAGAUGGCUGGAUAAUGGCCAAGUUAAUUUGUUUGGGAGGGAGGUAUUAUGAUGGACUGAGACAAAUGCAAGGGCAACAAAAUUGUAAAAAAAAAAUAUAAGGCUAAUAUCCAGUCAUCUCAACCAAACAAGCUUGGUCAAUAAAGGAUUUAUCAUAUGGCCAAGAGAACUUUUCCUUCAAAAUCCUGAAUUCCAGCUUUCAAAUGAGGCAAAUUUUCCCCUGAGAACAGUCUUAUAUCUACACUGUGCAAAAUGUGGGUUGCCUUUUGACUCUUUGUAGAUGUAAGCAUGCCUCCGAAUUGAGUGUGUCCCUAGAUCUCCUUUGAUCCUUCAGAACCUUAAAAUACAAAGUCCAUUUUCAUGGUCUAUUUUUUUUGGACUUUGUUGCAUUUACAUUUUCAUUGCUUUGACAGAUUCCUGUAGGCCGUGAUCACAUCCACCAUGAAGUGGAACUUGGUGUUGUUAUUGGUAAAACAGGACUGAACAUUUCUCAGGCACAGGCUAUGGACUAUGUUGGGGGAUAUGCCCUGGCUUUAGACAUGACUGAUCUUGACUUAAUUUUCAAAAGGGUAAGCUUUCCUAUUACUUAAGGAUGCUUGCAGCUGUGUGCAUUGGUUUCUUUCAAUGGUUUCUAACUAAAGGGACAAGCUGACAAGAGUGUGUUCUUUUUGUAUUUUUUGUUCUUCUGAAAUUUAAAAUUAGCCUAUUUAUUAGCCAAUUAUAGGUAGAAUUUACACACCUUCAUUGUUUGAACUUUGUUGUGCUCCCAAAGCUUGAUUGCUUUAUCAUUAUUCACAUUUACAACUAUUAAGUUAUUGUAGGAAUAAUUUGUCAGCCUUUAUUAGAAAUGUACUUGUGGACUUGGAAUUUUGAAAAAAAAAAUUCAAUUUUUGAUCCUAAUAAAUCUAUACAGCCCUUUUUAAUGGUUUAGUUCGAUCCUCCUGAGUUCUUCCAGGCAAUUUCCCAACAUUUUCUUAUUUCAAACAUUUAUCAUUAUUUUACUUAUUUAUCACCUUAGGAGGUACUGUCUUUUAAGGGCCAAGGCUACUUUUGCAAAUCCUCAUACACUGAAAAUGUUAGUGAGAGUCCUGCUGGUUGUUAAGAAGAUUUAUUUUCUCUAAAUAUUGAUCUACAGGAUGCCUCAUCUCCUAUCACUUAUCCAUGGGCUCUUGCAAAAGGUUUUGACACUGCGACACCUGUGGGUGACUUCAUACCUAAAGAUGAUAUUCCAAACCCUGAUAAUGUACGACUAUGGCUAAAGGUGGAUGGUGAAAUGAGACAAGAUGGAAAUACCCAGGAUAUGAUUUAUAAAAUUCCUCAUUUAAUUAGUUUUGUUAGUCAAUACAUGACCCUGGAGGAAGGGGAUUUUAUUCUUACAGGGACUCCAGAGGGAGGUGCGGCUGUCCAAAGAGGCCAGGAGAUAGUAUGUGGUCUUGGGGAUAAAACUGAGCUAAAAUUUCCUAUUUCUCAGUAGAUGUGUUGCUAAACUAUGAGGGCCCCACUGAAAACCGCCUUGGCGAGUUGGGCUCCCUCUAUAAAUAUUAUUAUUAUUAUUAUUAUUAUUAUUAUUAUUAUUAAACUAAAAUUGAAAGCACCAAGGCCUUCCUGUUAGGCUUAAUGUGUAGAGCAUAUUUUUAAUCACAAAUAACAACCAUUCUUUGUUUUUCUUAACCAAUUUGCCAAUAACUGAAUUUUUCACCAAAAGAUGUCUUUCUAAGUAGUUAAAUGAGUGGCUCACAAAAGAAGAUACAAGAGAGAGGGAUUGGAAAUUUUCAACCAACUGUAUGUAUUUCCCUUUGUGCAAAUGAAAAUCCUUCAGUGAUCAUUGCAAGUUCCCCUUUCCUCAACUCUUUGCCUCUCCAUUGUGAGUUCUUUCCAGCUCACUUUGCUCACCACUCAAAAUGGAGAGCUUGAUUGCAGGCUAGACAAAAGGAAUGAAAACUAUUCAAAUCACAAAUCAUCACUUUUCAAACCUCUCAUUGUAUGAGAGGUAUGCCAUUGUGUUACCUUGGAUCCACGUAUGUGUGCCAUAUUUUACUAUCAUCCAUGUUACAUGAAUUUCUCUGAGUUAGGAAACUUUUAAUGUAUAACAUUUUACUACUAGGGGUACAUAGACUGUUUUAUUUAGGAACUAAUUCUUGGUUAACAGGGGAAGCAGCUAAUAACACGCAAAGCUGGCAGUUUUGUUUGUUGAGUGUGCAACUGAGUUGCAAAGCCACAAGGAGAAUUAUGGUGCACAGCUUUACUGCUCUUACACAUGUCACAUGUUUCCACAGCUUUUUUCCCCGUCUUACCAAACAAACCACCAACUAAGCAGGCUACUCACUGAUGUUCAGUCAUCAAAUGAUUCUGAUUUAAUCAGAAUCAAAGCUGAAACUUAAGCUAAAACAUACUUUUUAUAGGAAAUAUCUGUUCAGAGUUAUAGUAUUUGUUUUACAAUUUCUAAAAUAACUCAACAUACUUGAAUUAAAACCAUCGGUUUUCAAACUAAGUUUGAGCUUUACUAUUACUUUUUUUUUUGUUUGUUUUGCAAAAACAUCAGAGUAUCCACAUUUUAAUUCAUAUGGGUAUGCAAAUCCGCCAAUCCGUUAUGAUUUAUUAACCAAAUCCGCCUUUCCAUUUUCGCCCUGAAUCCGAAAUCCGGGCAAAAAUAUUUUAAUUACACGCAGAGUCCAAAAUCCGGGCCAAAAAUAGAUGAAUCGGCAAUCCGCUGCAAUUAUAGGAUCCGGAAAUCCUUUAAAAGCUCGCUUUGAAUCCGAAAUCCGGGCAAAAAUAUUUUCAAAAUCCGCCAAUCCGUUCUCCUAUUCAGCCCGCUCCUUGGCCAUGAUUUCCAUUAUAUUUAUAUGAAGACUGGACAGAUUCAUGUCAUGUAUGCAUAAUACAAUGUAUGGAACAGUGCGGAAAUCUUACCCUCACUUGUGAUGAGAUCAAAAGUUUACAUUUGAACAGGUUUUCAAGGCGUGUUUAUGUAAACUCUAGUGUUAUUUUUUAGGUAUAGACCUCAAACCAAGAGAAACCUAUGGACGUGAAUCCUUGAAUCAGUAACUGUCAGCUGAAUUGUAGUAGCCCAAAGCAUCAUCUUUUUCCAAUAAAUUCCGUAACCAGAAUGCCCCCGUAAAUACAAAUUCCUGAUUUUUACUUCAAUGUUUCGUCAAGUUUUAAACCCUGCCAACGCUAUAAAUUCGUUUGUGAAGUCCUUGUUUCCAUUUUUUGAUUUAGAUUGUGCACAAAAACACAGGUCCCGAUUGUGCUUAGACACGGCUAUAUUUUUUACGGUUAAUUAACCAUUAUUACGUGUAUUGCUAAUAUCCGCUUCGGAAAAAAAAAAACGAGCAAACAAACACAAACAAAUUCAUAUGCGGUAUUGACCAAGCUUGGUACUGGCUAAGUUUUUUGCGUUUUUCUGAGGGACCGGAACGAAGUAAAGGUCCAUCAAAACGCAAAAAAUAACAGUGGUUUAUUAUACGGCCAAAAUGAAAUUUUCCUUGCAGGAACAAAGCAAGAAAUCCCGAGUGGGCAAGAUAGGCCUAUCUUCCCCGCUCACAGAACACGACCAAGUGAUUUGAUGAACAUUCUAAUGGAAAAAAAGAUCACAUUUUUCAACUGCGGUUGAUUUGAUUUUCAACAUUAUUCACUGGAAUUGAAGUUUUCUUUCGAAUUGUUCACUUUUUCUUCAUUGAUAUUUGCUGUAAAUCACAUUGUUCAAAAUCGUUGCUCAGAAAGGCAAAAUGUUUUUCUGUGUUGAGCAGGUUCGCCUGGAGUUCUAACCCAUUACCCUUUUAUAUACUCUACCAUUGUUUGACAAAAAAGGUACUCCUUUCGGAAAACCUUCUAUUGAAAAAUGCUGCCCCUCUAUCUUACCUGCUAACAAUAAGUCUACUUUUAAUGAAUUAAAAUGACGUAAGGCGGGUAUGUUCGAAAUAUUUUGAUUAAAGGCCCUAAAUGGCUGAUUUUCCUUCCAGCUAACCCUUUCACGUACCUCAACUCGUUAAGGUAUCACUUUGGGCGGAGCCACCCCAUGUACGCCAUUAUGGGAAGUACCCUCCACAGGCAUCCAAAAUUCACUAAGCGAGCGCUUGUUAAAAAUUAAUACUUCUGGCAACGCUGCUUAACGAAGCGAUUUAUAGGGUUCAUAUGGGAACAGUAAAAAUUCGAAAAAACUAGCCUUAUCUUAGCUUUAUUUCGUAUCAGGAACAGGAAGUUUGGGAAGUGAGGUAGGAACGCGUGACGAGCCUCUACUAAGAACGUCUGCGUUGGACCAAGAGGCUAAUCAACCUCGUCCCCAGGGCUUUCCCCUCAAAAAAUGGGUAAUAGAGUACCGAAGUGAUGACGUCAUAAAAAUGAAAUUUGCGAAAUUAUGGGCUUUGUUAAGAUAUUCUGAAAGAACAACGUCCAAGACACCUACUCGCCAAAAAUUAGCAAUUAGGGGCAAAUUGUCUCUGAGAUAUUAGCCCAGUUAUGCUCUGACGAUUCCAUACAAAUCCUUCUAAAUUUGGCUUGGUUCAUAAGAUUAGGAACCAGGUAAGAUUUAGAAGGAUUUGUAUGGAGUCAUCGGAGCAUAACUGGGNUUUAUUUCGUAUCAGGAACAGGAAGUUUGGGAAGUGAGGUAGGAACGCGUGACGAGCCUCUACUAAGAACGUCUGCGUUGGACCAAGAGGCUAAUCAACCUCGUCCCCAGGGCUUUCCCCUCAAAAAAUGGGUAAUAGAGUACCGAAGUGAUGACGUCAUAAAAAUGAAAUUUGCGAAAUUAUGGGCUUUGUUAAGAUAUUCUGAAAGAACAACGUCCAAGACACCUACUCGCCAAAAAUUAGCAAUUAGGGGCAAAUUGUCUCUGAGAUAUUAGCCCAGUUAUGCUCUGACGAUUCCAUACAAAUCCUUCUAAAUUUGGCUUGGUUCAUAAGAUUAGGAACCAGGUAAGAUUUAGAAGGAUUUGUAUGGAGUCAUCGGAGCAUAACUGGGCUAAUAUCUCAGAGACAAUUUGCCCCAAAUUGCUAAUUUUUGGCGAGUAGGCGUCUUGGACGUUGUUCUCUCAGAAUAUCUUAACAAAUCCCAUAAUUUCACAAAUUUCAUUUUCUAUGACGUCACACUUCGGUACUCUAUAGUUGCCAAGUACUGCCGGGACAUUCGUUUUCCCGUACACUUUUAAUUUAGGCGGUCCCCUUUCACCGGCCACAUAGACACGGACAGUACUAAUCUCGUACCCAGAUCUCCCACGGCCAAGAGAUUAGGAUAGUACAAGACUUUCCAUUGGGUAACGCUGUGUAAAAUAAAAGGCUCUUUUUGAUUGGUCCACCAUGUCCACCGAAUCCAAAAUGGCGGCCACACGCGAUCUUCGAAGAUUUACGGAGUUUGGGCGGAAGAUAAUAGGAGUUGGUAGAAAUUUCAGGUUUGGAAGUGAACUUUUGGACGUAGUAUUCCAGUUAGUUUUAAGUUUAAACUGUUGUCAUUCACGGCGUUCUUUCCAGGGAGCACGCAGCAGAGUUAGGAAACCCAGUACCAAAAACUCCCUUGAUCUUUUUGAAACCACCAUCGAGCUAUCUGCAGCAAGGAGGCAAAAUCAAGGUAAAUCUUAUUUCAACAAUAUCAUUCAGCGUAAAGAUCAAGACGUGUCUCGUAUAAUUUCUUAGCGUCACCUUCAUACCCAGCAGCCGUGGUUCGACAGCCCCUUUCCGGAGCCGCGCGGGACCCAAACUUGUAGCGAUACCCCACGAAAUGUAAAAAUACCCAAAAGUUUUAAAAGAACAAAAAUAGUAAAGUAAAGAGCAGGUGUAGAAAGCGAAAGUAUGUCUACUUAAACCUGCUAUUUGAAAUAUACCGAAUCAAAUCCCCAUCUCAAUCACCCCUUCCCCUAAGAAAAGGGGAUGGUAGCAGUGGCGAAUCCAGACCUACAGAUAAGGGGGGGGGGGCGGACAUUUAGACCCUGAGAUAAGGGGGAGUCCGGUCUAAAAAUAAGCGGGGGCAGGCCCCUCCCCUGGACCUGACACUGGGUCGUUUAUGGCUCAGUCAAUUCUCAACAUGCCCAUCCCCCCAGGCAUUUGACAUUUUGUUCUGGAAAAGCUGCAAAUGCCCCACGGUGGGGCUUAAAAGUAGGAUGCAAAUGCCACACCCCGGGACAACACCAAAAUUGAAAUUUCCAGUAAAUAAGCUGCAAAUACCAUAUUUAUAGGAAAUUUCUAUCAAUCUGAUCAAAAUGCAUGAAGCGCCCUACGCAAGUCGUUCCUGGCCACUGGAUAUAUUUAUUGCAAAAAAGAUUACAUCCAUCUGAUUAAUAUCAAUAACAGAACUAUAAACUAGAAUUUUACAUAAUACCCAGGGACCGCGGAGCAAGGUGAAAAGUGGGAGGGCUGACAAUUAAAAAUAAUUUUUUCUAAUAAACGACCAACAUACACUGUCAGUUCAGAUUCAAUGCAAGAAAAGACUCGAUUAGAAUUUUAGUAUAGAAAAUACUACACUGAAGUGAUCUGAAAAAUUUCUAACUAUGGCAGUUCACUGUUCAAGUAAUGUAAUUCUUCUUGCCAUCGAAUAUUUCAUUGAUACGAGAGGAGAAAGACAAAAUAUAAAACUUUUAUCAACUCAAAACAACUACUCACCUUCGUUUGGCUUGAAAAAGCUAGUAAUUUUCUUCAUUUUGUCUGAUAAAACUGCUAAAAAACUUGCCGGAGCUGGAAGUACAAAACACGCUGCCGAACGAAGCGAAGGGGUGGCCAAGGCAUGGCGUUUGAUCAAGGGGCAAGUCGGCCCCUGAGCACAAUUACCGCGAAAAGCACAGGAGUCCCACAAAAUGCCUGGCGUUUGAAAUUAAAGAAAAUACAGAGAAUAUAGCGGAAUAUAGACGGAAAAAACUUGUUUCAAGUCUUUUUUUUAUUUUUUAGCACAAAAAGUGGGGGCGGGGGCGCAAAAAAGUGGUGGGGCCGUGGCCCUACCAGGCCCUCCCCCUCCGCGGUCCCUGAUACCUUUCUUUUUUUCAAAGACGUUUAACAAAGUGAAGGAUGAGCUUAACAUGGGUAUUUUCUCAUCAAGAUGGAACUGUUUCGUCAGUGUAUUAAUAUUAUUGUCGCAUUGAUCACUCAAUACAGGAAAUUUAUAUCUCGCAAAGUUUUUCUAGGCCUUUCUGCCUCAACCAUAAUUUUAUGCACAAAAAAAUGUCUUUUCCUUUAAACUCUUCAAACGAUAUAUUGAUCAUUUUUCCUUCAUGUGAAAACUGAUCACGAUGGCGGGAAGCAAUUUCUUAGAUGGAUGCAAAAAUAUUGUUGGAUAGGGAACUGAUGGAGUGAAAACCAUGCAGAUCUCUUUAAAGCAAAACUAUUAAAAAAAUUCUUUAUAGAAAUAUCUAAAGCUAUCUAAAUAGGCACAUUUCUAAGUGAAAUAUCAAAGAAGGAAUGAGGUUAACUCCUGGAAGAAUUGACAAAUGCCCCACCCUUGGGCAGAGGUUUUCUGACAAAUUCCCCACUGCCAGGACUGGCAAGAUGACAAAUGUCCAACAAAUGCCUAAGGGGGGGGAUGAGCAUGCUUUGAAUUGACUCAGCCAUUAUUACCUGUGAGGAGGGGAGGGGAGCUGCCAUUUUGAGAAAGCUUAGGAGAUUUUCAAACUGACCCCCUGACUUUUAAGAAAUGAUUCCCCGUGUAUUUUAACUUAUGAAGAUGUAUAAGUCCAGCGCUUAUAAGCGUUAGCUUACACUACUUUAUUUUCAGGUUCCUCCAGGGUGUAAGAAGCUACAUCAUGAAGUAGAACUUGGUGUUGUGAUUGGUAAAACAGCCACAUCUGUUUCUGAAACAAAUGCAAUGGAUCAUGUCGGUGGAUAUGCACUUGCUCUUGACAUGACUGCCAGAGAUAUUCAAGAUGCUGCCAAGAAACUUGGCUGGCCAUGGACAUUUGCUAAAGGAUUUGAUACUGCAUUACCCAUCAGUGAUUUCAUCCCAAAGGCAGAGAUAGCGAACCCUGAUAAUGUUCACUUGUGGCUGAAAGUUGAUGGUGAAUUAAGACAGGAUGGCAAUACACAGGAUUUCAUCUUCAAGAUCCCUCAGCUGAUAAGUUACAUCAGUCAGAGCAUCACACUAGAAGAAGGAGACCUUAUUUUGACGGGAACCCCAGAAGGUGUUUCACCAGUCGAGCCUGGUCAAACAAUAGUGUGUGGUCUAGCUGAUAAACUUGAAAUGACAUUUCCUGUGAUAUAA